UUCCGCUAUGUGUUAGGCUAGUGUGGAUAGAGAAAAAAUCAUGUGUUUUUUAUUUCGAAAUGCAAUUUUUCUUUUCAGCGUUUAACACCGUAAAAUUGUCAUGGAUUGGCAUCGUACAGAUAAAAUUGACAGUCUUUGGACGUUUGUUUUGUCGAUAGACUGGACUGAAAAAUGGCUGCAAGGGCUCCUACUGUUUCACCUUGCAUCAUUUGGCCUCACGUACCUCAUCCGCCAUAAUGGAACUCUGCAGAUAGCUCACUUUACAGUUUCAUUAUUACUGGUAUGGUGUGCCGAAUAUAUCAACGAGGAAGCAGCAAAAUAUUGGAAGUUGUUUUCCAACCAGCAGUAUUUCGACAGCAAUGGUCUCUUCAUCUCGGUGGUGUUCUCCAUGCCAAUUCUCUGUAACUGUCUCGUCAUUGUGAUGAUGUGGCUGUUUAAUGCAGGAAACUUGAUGGUGCAAGUGAAACGAGUACAGUUAGUUAAAGAAGCGAAAAGGCAGAAACUCAAAGAAGCUGAAAAGAAUGACUGACGGCCAUAUUGCUUGAGUAUGAACACACCAAAAAAUAGUUCCUGCUUUGCUGGGUUAUCUGCAUUUGAACAACAAGAGUUAAGAAAAUAAUCAUAGAAAUUGGAGGAAUUGUUAACAGACUAUUUCAUUUGUGAAAUGAAAAUAAUUUGACGAUUAAUUUCGCUCAAUGAUUCUCUGAUUUAUGCAGAUGCUUAUGGUGCAGAAUUGAAUUGUUUUUUUAAAAGAAUGAAAAUAAUUUCAUACUGCAUGGAAUUAAGAAGAAAAUUCAUUUAAAAUAUUAAAUUUAACCAUCGUUUAAAAAAAAACCUUGAUUUUAAUUUUUAGAGCAACAGCAGGGCUGCAAAAAGUACUCGCCUGCUUGCCAAAUGCAAGCAAAAAUUCCUACGGACCAUUUAAUAAAUGAAACUACCAGCCCGACGGUCUAUCUGUCUUUUUGAUUUCGUUUUGACACGUGAUGUUGAUCGCUUGCCAAGUGUUAUUAAUAAUGUUUUGUCAAUAUAUCUAUAUAUUUCAUGUGGAGUAAAGACACUAUAUAUUA